GUCGCGACCGACAGAUGCCAGGAUGUCGCUGAUAAUGUUGCACGUGUUACGUUGCCAAGGUUUAAAUAAGUUGUUGGUCGCUCCGUUCAGAUUAGAAGUGACCGGCAGACUCGUUGCAUCACGACCGCGUCCUCCAUCCAAGAAAUUCGUGAGAAGCAUGCCGUACACAACGAUCGAGAGGGGUUCGUUGAACAGCACGGAUUACAGGCUUUAUUUCAGAAAUGAAGUUGGUCCAAUUUCACCCAUGCAUGACAUUCCACUUUAUAAUGAUGAAAGCAAUAAAAUAGUAAACAUGGUAGUUGAAAUACCAAGAUGGACAAAUGCAAAGAUGGAGAUCAAUUUAAAAGAAACAUUGAAUCCUAUUAAACAGGAUGUCAAGAAGGGAAAAUUAAGAUAUGUUGCUAAUUGCUUCCCACACCAUGGAUACAUAUGGAAUUAUGGUGCCUUACCACAGACAUGGGAAAAUCCUGAAGUUUUGGAUGAAGCAACUGGUUGCAAAGGAGACAAUGAUCCCAUUGAUGUCCUUGAAGUUGGAUACAGAGUUGCUAAAAGGGGUGAAGUUUUGAAAGUAAAAGUUCUUGGUGCUGUAGCACUUAUUGAUGAAGGUGAAACUGACUGGAAAAUAAUAGUUAUUGACAUUAAUGAUCCUCUGGCAGAGCAGAUGAAUGAUAUAACCGACAUUGAAAAACAUUACCCGGGUCUGAUGAAAGCAACCAUUGAAUGGUUCAAAAUCUACAAAAUACCGGAUGGUAAACCGGAGAAUCAAUUUGCGUUUAAUGGCGAGGCAAAGCCAAAAGACUUUGCAUUGCACAUAGUGGAAGAAGUACACCAACAUUGGCAGAAUCUCAUUAAACGGGAAGCACCUGCAGGAGGGAUUGCAUGUACGAACUUAACUGUCACGGGCAGCCCGUUCAAAGUUACUUCAAAUGUCGCUGAAGAAAUACUAGAAAAGGCUCCACCACAGUCAGUAGAGCCUCAACCAGUGGAUCCAAUUGUUAAUAAGUGGCAUUACGUACAUCUUAAGUGAGGAAACGACGGGAUAUUUUCUCAUGAGAGCAUCAUUAGAUAUCUACACAUACUUGCUUGUUUUGCUGGCACAUGACGGAAUACCACGUAUUAUUUCCAUGAGUUGCUUCGUCCUACAUUUUUGAUACAUCCACACUAGUUCUAAAUAGUUAAAUAUUGCAGCGUGUGCUUGCAGUACUGAAACAAGCAAUAUUUAUCUAUCUCAUUGAAACAUGACAGUUCAGUUGUACAUGUCCUUUAUUAUUUAUUGAAAUAUAAUAAUAUGGAAAAAGACGAUUGUCUAUGAACAUCGGAUCGGACUACGUGUACAAAGUUAAUAUUCACUAUGAUUUAAUAAUUUAUGAAAUCUUGUUCCUGUACUGUAUGUACAUACUCAUAAUGGGUUCUAGGAAAAUGAACAUACUCCUGUCUAAGGUUGUGAUACAACUUCCCAUAAGUAUAGAAGAGAUGGGUAAUUUAAUUAAAUAAAAUUUUAUUUUUCUUCCUAGUAUUUGUUACAUCACUGGUUCAUGUAA